UGACAGAUGACACAUAAUUAUAGUCAGACGCCAUAUUUGUGAAUUCAGUGGGUUUCAUCGGAAAGUUUAUUAUUAUCAAUAUAUACAUUUAUAUUAUAAAAAAAUAAAUAGAAGUAAAUUAGUACAGGAACAUUAAAACAAGACUACUUAAAUUGAAAAUAUCGCUAGUCUCCAAAUCAAAAAUGAGUAAUUUCCAACGCACUUAACCAAAAAAAGAGAAAUAUUAAUUAAAAACAAUUACUUUUAAUAAGAAUAGUUUUAUGAGUACAUUAAUUAGUAUGUCUUUGUGAAUGGGCUUUGUAGUAUAAUGAAUUCUAUAACUUAAUUUAUUGAGUGGGUCCAAAAUUCAAACAUGCAACAUUUUUUAUUGUAAGGUUAAAAAAGAUUAAAGUAAAUAUAAAUUAAUUAGUAUGGCUAGUUCGUUUGAUCACGAGGAUAAAGAUUGCUGGUACUUUGGAGCCAUAGGUAGGCAUGAAGCUACAAAUUUACUUAUGGAAGAGAGAGAGGGUGGUGUUUUUCUAGUAAGAGACAGCGCCUCUUCUGUAGGAGACUAUGUUUUAUGUGUUAAAGAGGACAGCAAGGUUAGUCAUUAUAUAAUAAAUAAAACACAGCAGCAAGAUCAGCCUCGUUAUAAGAUUGGAGAUAAUUUCUUUAAAAAUAUACCAGAACUGUUGUCGUUUUACAAGGUACAUUACUUAGAUACUACACCUCUUAUCAGACCUGCUAGCAAGAAAGUAGAAAAAGUUGUUGCCAAGUUUGAUUUUGAUAGUAAGGAAAAAGAUGAUCUUAGCUUUAAAAAGGGAGAUAUUUUAACAAUAUUAUUUAAGGAUGAAGAGCAAUGGUGGACUGCUAGAGAUAAAAAUGGUAGAACUGGUUCAAUUCCUGUACCAUAUGUUCAGAAAAUAGAGGAAAAUCAUUCUCCUGUAGAAAUCCCUAGACCUGGAUCUGGUGGUCCAGUUAGUAAUACUUCCUUGCAAGCUGAAGCAGCAAAAAGAAAUCAAAUGCAGCGAAAAUUGCCAGCAAAGGCGCGAGUUAAGCAAGUACGGAUACCAAAUGCUUAUGAUGAUACCGCUUUGAAGCUAGAAAUAGGCGAUAUCAUAAUUGUAACAAAGACUAAUAUAAAUGGACAAUGGGAAGGAGAACUGAACGGCAAGACGGGAUAUUUUCCAUUUACGCACGUGGAAUUUUUGGAUGAAGAGAACGGAAGUUAAUCACCACUUGGGGAGUUGUAAAAUUUUUUAAAUAUUUUGCUAUUUGUAUAGAGCUCGAAUUUUUAUUGUAUAUUUAUUGAAUUUUUAAUUUUAAUUGGCACUAACAUUAAUCCAAUAUAUACAUAUAUAUUAUAUCCAUUUAUUUAUGAACAAUUAUACAACUGCGCUGUUAUAUUCAAUUUAUAUUUUUAUUAAUUACAUAUCAGUAUUUUGGUCUUUUCAUUUUAUUGUAGAUUAAGCAGUUUGGCUUU